AGCCUGGCCACAGCUGCAGCUGAAUGGACUUCUCUCUGGGCCUACGCUUGGGGCCUAGGAACAAGAAGCCUGCCCACCAAGAGCCUCCUGCCCGCUCCAGGCAUGGUCCACCUGCUGCCUCUCCUUGUCUGUCCUGUCCCCCCUCUGCCUGUGCCUUCCCCUGCCAUGGCUGUCCCCCACUCCCCUGCUCCUACACCGCCUGUCCCUCUAGUGCAGCUCCCUGCCCCGCUUGUCCCAGCCUCCCGGGCCCACCCUGCACCUGCUCUUGCCCCCGCUGCCCUGCCUGUCCUCCCUUGACUUGUCCCCAUAACUCCUGUGUCUCAUGCUCCGGUCCACCCUUGACCUGCUGCCACCCCUCACCCUGCCAGGUUUACCCUUGCUCCAUGAGCCGAGCUGCCUGUUUGAGCUCCCGUUUAGGCUGCGGUGAUAGCUGUAGCUGUGGCCAAGGGGCUGCCUGGGGGCUUCCAGGUUCCCUUGGCUGCUGUAGCUGCUGCUUCAGGGGACAACGCACUUCUCGGGGGCGCUGUCUGAUAAUUUAGGUGGACUGUUGCCCACCAGGAGACUGCCAGUUUCCUGGAGCACUUCCGUACUGCUGCCCUGGCAAGAAGGCAGGAGCUGGUUGGAGUGGGAGAGGGAUCAGCUGGACCCCUCCCUCAAGCAGGUAGAGGCAGCUGGCUUUCCCCAGUCCUGGGGAGGUGGCAGGGGGAAUCUGCUUUGAAGUUAGUUUCUGGGUGUGCUCCUGCUGGUUCCAGAACCUCUUCCUCUGCAACUUCUGGAAUGGAAAGUGUUCUUCUCAGAGCCUCCCCCACGGCCCCUGAAG